CUUCUUGGUAGCAAAAGUUAAAUUAAUAAAUAUUAAAUUCAAUAUAAAUUUCACAAACUUGUACAAAAAUCUCGGUUCUCCCGUGUAAAUUAAAUUCAGAACAGUCAGUUCGUGUGUGUGUAUUACGAGUUGUACUUGACUAGCGAAUUACGAUGAGAAAUCGAAUAACGUAUUAGGAGCUUUGGCAGCCCUAUUAAUGAAGUAUUGAAAAUUCCCGCCAAAUUAUGGCAUGCAGAUUCAGUUGUCUAAUUUAUUUGGUUGUUUUGCUGUUUGUUGGUUGUAAGAAAUUUAUUUAAAAACGAAAUGGCUGAUGCGGAACAUUACAUUCGAGAUAUACAGCGAGAGUAUGUUGAUUUUUUGGAUGAUGAAGAAGAUCAGGGCAUAUAUUCGGGACUUAUCAAAGAUAUGAUUGCUGAGAAAAGCCGACGAUUGAUUGUCAACAUUAAUGAUUUAAAAAGAAAGAAUCCCCAACGCGCUCAAGGAUUACUCUCCAACGCAUGCGAUGAACAGUUGGCAUUUGGAAGGGCAUUAAAAGAAUUUGUGUCAACAGUAGAUCCUGCUUACGCCAAGCAAUAUGAAGACUUUUUUGUUGGAUUUGAAGGCUGCUUUGGAAAUCGCCAUGUUACACCCCGUUCUUUGACUUCUGUGUAUUUGGGAAAUUUAGUAUGUGUUGAGGGGAUUGUUACCAAGGUGUCUUUAAUCCAUCCAAAAGUUGUACGAAGUGUCCACUAUUGUCCAGCGACAAAAAAAGUUAUGGAAAGAAAGUAUACCGACUUAACUUCCUUUGAAGCAGUUCCGUCCAGUGCUAUAUAUCCUACCAAAGAUGAUGAGGGGAAUCUAUUGGAAACGGAAUUCGGUCUCUCAGUAUAUAAAGACCAUCAGACAGUAACAAUUCAAGAAAUGCCUGAGAAAGCUCCAGCAGGUCAAUUACCACGUUCUGUAGAUAUUAUUUGUGAUGAUGAUAUGGUUGAUCGUUGUAAACCAGGAGAUCGAGUCCAAAUUGUUGGUAGUUUUAGAUGUCUUCCUGGCAAGUUUGGUGGAUAUACAUCAGGAACCUUCAGAACAGUGUUAUUGGCCAACAACAUUUCAAUAUUAAGUAAAGAUAAUAAUAUGGAUAUCAGCCGUGAGGAUAUUAUUUUGUGUAAAAAACUCGCUAAAAACAACGAUAUUUUUGACUUGUUGGGUAAAAGUUUAGCUCCUUCAAUACAUGGACAUACAUUUGUGAAGAGGGCAAUAUUAUGCCUUUUAUUAGGUGGUGUAGAAAAGGUUUUGCCUAAUGGUACGCGGCUACGUGGCGAUAUUAACGUUCUUCUUAUUGGUGAUCCAAGUGUGGCAAAAUCACAAUUAUUACGUUACGUAUUGAACACUGCACCUCGUGCAAUACCUACUACUGGUCGCGGCUCUAGUGGCGUUGGUUUGACUGCUGCUGUAACGACUGACCAGGAAACUGGUGAACGGCGUUUAGAAGCUGGUGCUAUGGUUCUAGCGGAUAGAGGAGUUGUUUGCAUUGACGAAUUUGAUAAAAUGAGUGACAUUGAUCGUACUGCUAUUCACGAAGUAAUGGAACAAGGGCGAGUGACAAUAUCAAAAGCCGGUAUACAUGCUUCAUUAAAUGCUAGAUGUUCAGUAUUAGCAGCAGCAAAUCCGGUAUAUGGAAGGUAUGAUCAAUAUAAAACACCAAUGGAAAAUAUUGGCCUGCAAGAUUCUCUUUUAUCUCGAUUUGAUUUAUUAUUUGUAAUGUUGGAUGUGAUCGACAGUGACAUUGAUCAAAUGAUUUCGGACCAUGUUGUUCGUAUGCAUCGUUAUCGAAAUCCAAAAGAAACUGACGGAGAACCUCUUUCAAUGGGUAGCUCAUAUGCAGAUUCUUUAUCAUUCACCUCAAAUUCUGACGAGAAAAAAGAUACAGAAAUCUAUGAAAAAUAUGAUCCUCUGUUGCACGGAAGAUCAAGAAAGCGGCAGGAGAAGAUUUUAUCCGUAGAAUUCAUGCGCAAAUAUAUUCAUAUUGCAAAAUGCAUGAAACCUAAAUUGAGCGAGCAAGCCUGUGAAGCUAUUGCCACGGAAUAUUCAUCUUUGCGAUCCCAGGAAAAUAUGCAAUCAGAUAUUGCUAGAACUCAACCAGUCACAGCUCGUACUUUAGAAACUUUAAUUCGUCUAGCUACAGCUCAUGCGCGUGCACGUUUGUCUAAAACUGUAACUGCUGAUGAUGCGCAAGCUGCCAUUGAACUGGUUCAAUUUGCUUAUUUUAAAAAAGUAUUGGAAAAAGAAAAGACCAACAAACGUCGGCGGGAUGGUGCUUCUUCUGAUGAAGAUGAAGCUAAUGAUAACCAAAAGUCCACAAACAAAAAAAGUAAGCGCAAACGCAUAGAGCCAGCAAGUGCUGGGAAUGACUCUGAUGAAGAAAUCGAAACUCCGCAACCAGAUGCUGGUGAUUUAACUCGUCGGGAAACAAGAAAGUCGCUUCCCGGUAGUGGGUCCGCAAGUACAGCUGCGCAAAUAAGUGCACAAGAUACAGAAAGUGUCGUUUCGCCUCCAUUUAUAACGGAAGGCAGGUUAAGUAGUUUCAAAAAUAGGUUGCAACGCCUAUUCCGAGAAGCUCGCGAGCAGAGUUUGUCUCUGGAACGCAUUACUACAACUAUUAAUGAAAAUAACGAUGAACAAUUUUCUAAUUCCGAAAUUGAUGCUGCCAUGCAUCAAAUGACAGAAGAUAAUCAAGUUAUGGUUGCCGAUGGCAUAGUUUUUCUUAUAUAAUACAACAAUUCCUGUCACAAAUAUACAUU